AUGUCUUUUUCUCUACCAUAUUACCGACAACCAGAUCAGUUACCUGGCUCUCUGCCCGAACAACAAGAAAUCGACGAGGCUACGAAAAUUCUCCCCACCAUUCGCGACACGAAUUAUGGCGGACAUCUUGUCGUUGUUAGGGACCUAUUCGUCGUCAAAUAUGGGCCAUAUGUCACCGAAAAUGAGGGGUACGCUCUACUUUUCAUUGAGCAGAAGCUUUCCAUUCCUGCACCACAUCUUCCCUCUGUUGUCAAUAGGCAUCAGCCAACUUUCACUCAUGGAGACCCAUACAGAGAGAACAUUCCUGUUAGAAAAGUCAACAAACCCGCUUCUAGUACUGAGGAAUAUCAAAUGCUAGUAUCAUUGAUUGGGAAACAGCUGGAUGGUAUCCUUCUUACUGGGAAUAUGGCUACAUACUUCCUCUUUUCCAAUGGACCGAUGAUCGGCCAGCAAGUAUAG